AUGGUCAGUAAAACAGGAGAACAUUUUAGCAGUCUCGGCUGGGCAGAAGUUACCUUGGCUUCUCCGCUGAGGAAUGCUUCUUUCUCUCGGGACCUGCUGCCUCAUUACACGGCGCUAGGGGAUGGAACACACUCGAAGUACAUGCACCAGUAUGAGGGUUCGGAGACUGAGGUCAGAGACCUCCGAGAGCAGCUGAAAAGCAACCAGGCCGCAUUGCGGCACCUCAGAGGUGAGCUGGAGACCUACAAGGAGAACGACGCCCGACAGGCUGCACUGCUGCGGACCCUCAAGGAUCGCGUGAGGCAGAGGCAGGAACCCUCAGAGUCUGUGGCCAGCAUUAAGACCCAGGCCAACUGCAGCAUCCACUCUCUGCAGGGGGAGAACCAGGAGCUGAGGGACCGGGUGUCAGAACUGGAGGAACGGCUCAGGCUGCACCUGCGGGAGAGGGAGCAGAGUGAGCAGAGAGCAGUCGGUGCGGAGAGGAGACUGACCAGCUGCAUCGAGACACUUGCGCGGGGGCUAAAAGUGGAUCCUGAUGGGCAACGGGACCCACUCGACUACCUGACCAACAGGGCCUGCCAGAUGUUCCAGGAGUGCCUCCUGUGGGAAGCCAAGGUAGCGACGCUGGAGGAAGCAUUGGCCAGUCAGGAGCUGGAGUUCAAGGCCAGCCGGCAGACGCUGAUGAAGCUGGCUUCCGAGGCGGGGAAAGCUCAGGAUGUGGCAGCAUCCUUCAAUGAGGACAUGAAAGCUGUCAGAAAGGAGAGGGACGAAGCCCUGCUUCUGAAGGCAGCAGCAGAACAGGAGAGCCAGCUGCUCCGCGAGAGGCUGGAAGACAGCCAGCGGGCCCUGGGCACAGCCUGCCAGGCUCAGGCACACAACGAGAAGCAAGUGAGCGAGCUGGACGAUAACCUGCGCACCAGUGCCUACCAAACCAGAGCCGCCAAAGCCCUGCACCAGAGCUUCAUCGAGCAGCUGGCCACCCUGCUCAGUGAUGGCUUCACCACUGUCCCUGCCACCGAGGAGGCCGUCAAAAGCAAAGUGAAGGAAAUCAGCGAGAGUGACCACGCUCGGACAGCGGUGGUUGGUAAAUUUGAGGAUGACACCAACACUGGUGGUGUAGUGGAGAGUGACGAAGGUUAUCCAGGAUUACAACAGGAUCUAGACGAACUGAGGAAGUGGACCAAGAAACGGCAGACGGAAUUUAACUCAGACAAGUGCAAGGUGUUCCAUUUGGAAGUAACCAGGCUGGAGGAGGAGAUCAGGAAGCUCAGCGGUCAGCUGGAGAGUCGCAGCAAGCUCUGCCGCGAGGUGACGGACCGUGCUCGGAGGGCUGAGGAGAGGCUGAGCCAUCGCGAGGAAGCCCUCGGACACCUGGAAGGGCAGCUCGCUGCUGAGACCCUGCUGAAAGGCGGGCGUCAGUUUGAGAGGCAGAGGCACGCCAAGUUCCUGCGUGGGCUAGCCCAGGCGAUGAAGGUGGAGCAAGACGUGUGGACAGAUGACCUGGAGGGUCAGGCCGAGAAGCUGCUGGCCAGGGCUCGGGAGCUGGUGGAAGUCGAGCUGGAGGGGACAGAUGGCAGCAAGGAGAUGGUGCAGAGUCUGCGGCAGAAGGUGACGUCGCAGGGGGAGAAGCUGGCCAGCAGCAAACGGCACAUCCAGCUGCUGACCAGCAGACUCGGCCAGCUGGAGGGUGGGGCACCGCGUGGCCAUGGCGAGCGGGACGCGACUCUGGCCGAGAUGCAGCAGACGGUCGAGAGGCUGCAGGGGGAGCUGGAGCUGGUGAAGAGGAGAAACCGCAGCCUGAGAGACAAGGGCGAGGACAUCACCGCGCUGAAGGCAAAGAACAAGGAGCAGAGCAGGACGAUCCAGAGGCUGAGCGAAUCGCUGGAGAAGCUGGAGGCGAUCAAGGAGAAGGCAGCCCGCAAGGUGGUGACGCUGGCCUCUGAGCUGGGCCAGGCGGAGCAGGGGGCCUGGGAGCGGGACGCCAGGGCGCAGAGUCUGCAGGACGCUCUCACCAACGAGCUGCGUUCCACCAGGAGGGCUCUGGAGGAGGUGGCGCACAGGGAGAGGCAGGUGGGUGCCCGAGGGUCACAGGGUCACGAAACAGGCCCUUCGGCCCAGCCAGGCCGUGCCGACCAGGAUGCCCGUCUGAGUGAGAAAAUGUCCAAUCGGCAUAUGUCCGGCGAGCAAAUGUCCAGUGACCAAAUUUCCAGUGGGCAAAUGUCCAGUGAACAAACCUCUAGUGGUCAAGUGUCCAGUGAGGAAGUGUCCAGUGAGGAAGUGUGCAGUGGACAAGUGUCCAGUGAGGAAGUGUCCAGUGAGAAAAUGUGUGUUGUUUUGCAGCUGGUGGAUUUCCGGGACACUGUAUCGAGGGCGCUGGGAUUCGACACCAACACGCUGGCAGUCCCUGACGACAAGAUCUACCUCCAGCUGAGGAGCAUCACCCAGCCGCACAGCAGGGCAGCUCCGCAGGCGCAGUCCCCACUGCACGGCCCCGCCGAUGGGUUUGGGGGCCGUGUGGGAUCAUGGCCCUCAUGCAGCCCUCCGCCCAGCUGGGGCCAGAGCGCCGCCCCACCCAGCUCCCCGCCCAGGUCCCUCGGGUGGCACGGCCUCGUGGCUCCCCCUCACCGCACUCCCUGA